AAGCACUUUGACACCGACAAUAUUGUACUAAUUGUAACACAACUGGUCGCAGCACUACUGGGUGCUGAGAAACUCCAUAGUCUGCUAAAACUCUGCCGGUUGACUGCACUGCAUCACAUCCAAUCAUGGACUUCGUAAUGACUAUCGAUUCCGACGAUGAAUCACCACCUCAACGCAGAAACAGCAAGAAGCAGCAAGUAGAUGACGCUGCCCUCCUGGACCCCGAUUUUCAGUUUGAUGUCGCAGGUGAUCCCUAUACCGAUUUUUUGGAGUUUGGAGCGCAGCAGCAAGAUAUCGUGCAGAAAAUUUCAAAGCCAGAUCCCGUCUCAGUAGAUGAAAUCAUCGCAAGACGCAAACUGAAGACGGGGCUGAAAAGAAAACGCGAGCCAGAGAGCGAGAAUGAAACUGAGGACGGUACGGAGGAAAGUGAUGCUAGCAGUGCAGAAGACUUCCCUGAAACGGAUAGGUCGGGCGACGAAGAUGACCCCCUUGCCACUUCCGGGGAGGAAAAUAACGAAUCUACUCGGUCUGCAUCUGAGGAGGACGAGGAGGUGACUGAUAACGAUGAUGUAGAAUCGAACUCUUCGGACGAAUCAGAAGAAGAGACUCAAGCCGAAAAAGAUCGUAAAGCAGCAUUCUUUGAUUCAGAGGCAGCACCUGCGGAGCAUCAUUCAUCUUUUUUGACAAUGAAUCUUUCCCGCCCAAUUCACAAGGCAUUGGCCAAUCUCGGAUUCCAUGUGCCAACACCCAUUCAAGCCGCGACCAUUCCUGUUGCUUUGCUGGGAAAAGAUGUUGUCGGUAACGCUGUCACGGGUUCUGGAAAGACUGCUGCGUUUACCAUCCCUAUGCUGGAACGGCUUCUCUAUCGAGAAAAGGGGAAGCAUGCGGCAGCGACUCGGUGUCUGGUGCUGGUUCCGACAAGAGAAUUAGCCGUACAAUGUUAUGACGUUGGUUCUAAACUUGCAGCGCACACUGAUAUUCGCUUUUGCCUUGUCGUUGGUGGACUUUCCCUCAAAUCGCAAGAGGCAACUUUAAGGACUCGCCCAGACGUCGUUAUCGCAACUCCUGGACGGCUUAUCGAUCACUUGCGCAAUUCCCCUUCCUUCGCGCUCGAUGCACUGGAUGUUCUUGUUCUUGACGAAGCCGAUCGUAUGCUUUCCGAUGGAUUUGCAGACGAAUUGGCCGAAAUCAUUAAAGCAUGUCCUGUUUCCCGUCAGACAAUGCUAUUUUCUGCUACAAUGACCGACUCGGUCGACGAACUGGUGAAAAUGACAUUGAACAAGCCUGUCCGCCUCUUCGUGGAUCCAAAGCGAACCACGGCUCGGGGGCUUACCCAAGAAUUCGUUCGCGUGCGAACGGAGAAAGAAGCGGACCGAACUGCGCUGCUUGUAUCUUUAUGCAAGAGAACAUUCAGACAGCGCGUUAUCAUAUUCUACAGGAGCAAGAAGCUAGCCCACCAGAUGCGGAUUAUUUUCGGUCUUUUUGAUAUGAAGGCCGAGGAAUUGCAUGGCGACCUCUCUCAAGAACAGCGUCUUAGAUCUUUGCAGCUAUUUCGCGAUGCACAAGUGGAUUAUCUAAUGGCGACUGACCUAGCUUCUCGUGGUUUGGAUAUCAAGGGCAUAGAGACCGUUAUCAACUACGACAUGCCUAACCAAUUGUCUCAAUACCUUCACCGUGUGGGUCGGACAGCCCGUGCAGGGAAGUCUGGUCGCUCAGUUACUCUGGUGGGAGAAGGAGAUAGGAAAAUGCUCAAAGCAGCCAUCAAGCAUAGUACGGGCGAAGAUAAUAUCCGUCAUCGGCUUGUCCCUGCCGAUGUUUUUCCCAAAUGGGUCAAGAAGGUAGAGGCUCUAAGGGACGAGGUCGCGACAAUUCUUCAAGAGGAGAAGGAGGAGAAACAGAUUCGGCAGGCGGAAAUGGAACUAAAGAAAGGUCAAAAUAUGAUCGAGCACCAAGAUGAGAUUUUUUCUCGGCCUGCUCGAACUUGGUUUCAGAGCGAAAAGGAGAAGGCAAAGGCAGUUGCCACGAGCAAACAGCAGCAUGAGAAUGGAAUGGCGCUCACGUCAAAGGGGAAACCUGAGGCAAUUGACGACCCCAAGCCAAAGAGAGAUAAGUUUGCUGGUCUAACCAGGAAGGCAAAGCGACGGAAGAUGGCACUAGAAGCCGACAAGGAAUUAGGUGAGACAGGUGCUGUGAACGCUGCUAUUCGUUCCGCGAAGAAGGCUGCCCGUCCCGCCAAGAUUGGGAUUCCAGGUCACCAAAACGCACCUACUUCAAAAAGAACCAAGGCGAGAAAAGGGACGUUGAGAACUGGUAGUGGUGCAUUUGACAGGGAUUUAUCAUCAAAGGCGGCAAAGGGUGAAGGGGUGCACGCCAAGAAGGGAGACACAAUCGGUGGGAUGGGAAAGCGCAAAGGAGGUAAGCGGAAGGGCAAAUAGCAAAAUAGUUUAAUCGCACAAAAAGGCAACUGUAAUGGUUGAAUCGAUGGGCUAGGCCACGUGGCUGUAUG